AUGUGCUGGUGGAUGUGCAAUGGCAGUUUGUGCCGAGUCUUGGCUGGGCCCCCAUCGUGGAACCCUCAGAACACGCCAGAUCCGUUGAUUAUGCCUUCGCCAGAGCUCAGUCCUGAAGAGAGUGUCGGCGCGCAGCUUGACGCGCUGCAGAAAAACGACGAACCUUGGUCCAACCAUGGAGUGCAAACACUGUACGAGUUUGCAGAGGAUGCUGGUGGGAUGGAGAGAUCGGGAUAUUUUGGCUUCUCCAAAGACCUGUACCACUUCGAUCAUUUCCUAGGCGGCUUCUUGAAUGCCUACCCCGAACUUGUGAACCUGGCAAGCUACAGCGUGUCUGCUGUGGAGGAGGGGGCCGAUGGGACACAGAAGGUGACUGUCAGAGUGGAAGGUGCCGAUGGCCAGGACGUUGGAGACAGCUUCGCGUUCACCCUUACCAAAAGGAAGCUGGGCAGAAAAAAAGGAUCCUGGAUGACCAAAUCGCUUCUACGAGAGACCUUGAACUGA